GUCACAUUCAUCUGUUCAUGUUAAACCAGGAAAGAAACAGUAAAACUCAUCUGAACACACAUCGAGAGCUUCAGAAGAACUGAAUCCACUAACAACAGAGAAGAUCACUGAAGAAGAGAGAAGAAUGAAGAUCAUCUGGACUUUCACUCUGCUGAUGAUUCCUGAUGUGUUGAGCUCCAUCAGUGUGACAGGAUAUUCAGGAGGAGGAGUCAGCAUCACAUGCAGAUAUGAUAGAGGAUAUACAGACAAGAACAAGUAUUUUUGUCGAGGACAGUAUCCAGGAUGCAAAGACCUCAUCAAGACGGAUAUUAAAAAUAAAUGGGUUGAUUCUGGAAGUUUCUCUCUGUAUGACGACACAAGUGCAGCAGUUUUCACUGUGACCAUCAGAGAUCUGAGUGAACAGGAUUCUGGGACGUACCAGUGUGCGGUUGAUACGUAUUUGACUGAUUUCUACACUGAAGUGAAGCUGAAUGUUGUAACAGCUGAUUGUUGUCAGAAGAGCAUCAGUCUCUCCGCUGCUGCAGGAGGAUCUGUGAACAUCAGCUGCAGAUACCCACAAUCCCACAGUGCUGAUGUGAAGUUUGUCUGCAGGAGAUCUGGAUCUGAUCUCUGUGCUGAAGAGACGUCUGUGAAGGAGAGCAGAAGAUGGAGCGCUGAGGGACAGAUGCAGCUGUAUGAUGACAGAGAGCAGCAGCUCCUGACGGGAAUCAUCAGUCAUGUGACUCAACAACAUUCAGCUGAAUACUGGUGUGGAGUUCAGUCUGAUCCAGGACACAAGAGCUUCAUGCUUCAUCACACGAGUCCUCGUCAGCGUUACUGGUACAGAUAA